AUGCCUAUGCUUCCACCCACUGUCACCAUUCCCCUUCGUCGAGCAAAUUACGGAGAUCAGAGAGAUGAUUCCGAGUAUCUAUUCAAUCCAGAAGUGUUGUCGGCAGAUUUGGUUGGUUCAGUGCCAAACGGCUUCGUUGUCAGGCCACUAAAAAUAAGUGACUACGACAACGGGUUCCUCGAUGUCCUGUCACAGUUGACAGUUGUUGGCGAGGUAUCCCGUGAAGAUUUCGAGAACAGAUUCAAAUCUAUGAAAAUGUGUUACCCGCCAUCAUAUUAUGUGGUUGUCAUUGAAAAUUUGAGUGAUGGUCGUGUUGUUGGUGCAGCGACGUUAGUGGUGGAAUGGAAAUUCAUCCAUCAAGCAGGAUGUCGUGGGCGCGUAGAGGAUGUUGUGGUGGAUAAAGAAAUGCGAGGAAAGAAGAUGGGUGGUUUGCUGAAUAAAGUGCUUGUUGCGCUUGCAAAAAAGUUGGGUGUGUACAAGCUGUCGCUAGAGUGCAAGGACUCUCUCAUUCCGUUCUAUGGACUCUACGGCUAUGUGAAAGACGAUGGAAACAACUUCCUAGUGCAGCGAUUUGACAAGGACAAUGGGGAAAUCGUUAUUCCGUUUGAAGACGAGAGUGAUGACGGGAAAUUUUUCAUUCCAACCGAUAAUUAUUUCGAUAUUUGUUUUGAGAUAUUGGCAUCUUUGUUCGGAAUAGUUCGAAAUGAGUUUUUCAAAAUAGGCAUCAGGACGAUGCCUAUGCUUCCGUCCACUGUCACCAUACCCCUUCAUCGAGCAGAGUAUGGCGAUCAGGGAGAGGAAUCUGAGUAUCUAUUCGAUCCAGAGGUGCUGUCGGCAGAUUUACUCGGUACAGUGCCAAAUGGCUUCGUCGUCAGGCCACUAAAAAUAAGCGACUAUGACACUGGGUUCCUAGACGUCCUGUCGCAGCUGACAGUAGUUGGUGAGGUAUCCCGUGAAGCUUUUGAGAGCAGAUUCAAAUCUAUGAAGAUGUGUUACCCACCAUCAUACUACGUGCUUGUCAUCGAGAAUUUGAAUAAUGGCCGUGUUGUUGGUGCGGCAACAUUAGUGAUUGAAUGGAAAUUCAUUCAUCAAGCAGGAUGUCGUGGGCGCGUAGAGGAUGUUGUGGUGGACAAAGAAAUGCGGGGAAAGAAGAUGGGCGGACUGUUGAAUAAAUUGCUUGUUGAGCUCGCGAAAAAGAUCGGCGUGUACAAACUAUCGCUAGAGUGCAAGGACUCUCUCAUUCCGUUCUAUGAGCUCUAUGGCUAUUCGAAGGACAUUUUGAAUAACUUCCUAGUACAGCGAUUCGACAAAGACGAUGAGAUCGUUGUUCCGCUUGAAGACGAGAAUGAGGAUGGAACACUUUUCAUCCCCAGCAGUUUAUAA